GAUCCAGCCUGUGGGCCUGGUGGAGCGGAUUCAAGCCAUCGCCCAGAACAUGUCUGACAUGGCGGUGAGGGUGGAGCAGAUCCUGCAGCGCAGCAUCGCCAAAAACAGAGCUCGGGACGGCAGCUUAGGACAAUGUGAUACUCCUAAAGACCCGCGGUAUCCAGACUGCGCCAGCAAGAUGGAUUGGAUGCGGGCUCGUUGGACCUCAGACCCUUGCUACGCCUUCUACGGUGUGGACGGAUCCGACUGCUCCUUCCUGGUCUACCUGAGCGAGGUGGAGUGGUUCUGUCCCCCACUGGCCUGGAGGAACCAGACCGCUACACCCACCUUGAAGCCUCCGCCAAAGAAACAGGCUGUUUUCCAGUCGGACGUCGGGACUCUGCUGGAGCAGAUCGGCACCGGGAAGGAAUCCCUGAGCUUCAUGAAGAGACGCAUUCGCAGGUUGGCGGCGCAGUGGGCCUCCGCCGCUCGCCGGCUGGAUGACAAGCUUCGAAAUCGCUGGAGAGAGCAGAAAAGGAUUCUGGUUCAUGUGGGCUUUCUGACCGAGGAGUCCGGGGACGUGUUCAGUCCAAAGGUGCUGAAGGGCGGGCCUCUGGGUGAGAUGGUGCAAUGGGCCGACAUCCUCACCGCCCUCCAUGUGCUCGGACACGACCUGAAGGUCUCCGUCUCUCUCAAGGAGCUGCACGG